CUCCGACAUGGCGGCGCCCAGCGCGGCGCUGAGGCAGAGGCGGGCGGCGGCGGCCGACGGCGCCCCCGAGGCCCCGGAGCGGGCUGCGGCGGGGCCGGCGGGUAGCGGGGCCAGGCCGCUGCCGCUGCCGGGCACCUUCUGGCUGACCCGCAUCGUGCUGCUGCGAUCAAUAGCCCUGCUUUACUUUGUGGCUUUCCUGGUGGCAUACCAUCAAAACAAGCAGCUAAUAGGAGAGAAGGGACUGCUCCCUUGUAAACUGUACCUACAGAAUGUCAAAAAGUAUUUCAAAGGGAAGAUAAACCUGGAUGCUUUGAGCUAUGCACCAACAAUCGUCUGGUUUCUGGACUGGUCAGACAUGGACAGCAACUUGGACUACCUCUCCCUGUUUGGCCUGGCAACUUCAGCCUUUGUAUUGGUAACUGGAUGUGCAAACAUGGUCCUCAUGGCUGUCCUGUGGGUUCUCUACCUCUCGUUGGUCAAUGUUGGACAGAUCUGGUAUUCCUUUGGAUGGGAAUCGCAGCUCCUGGAAACCGGGUUCCUGGGGAUAUUCCUCUGCCCACUCUGGACCCUCUCCCGCCUGCCCCGGCACACUCCUCCUUCCAGCAUCGUCAUCUGGGGCUUUCGGUGGCUGAUUUUCAGGAUCAUGCUUGGAGCAGGGCUGAUUAAAAUUCGAGGAGAUCGCUGCUGGAGAGAGUUAACUUGCAUGGAUUAUCACUACGAGACGCAGCCAGUGCCCAACCCCAUCGCCUACUUCAUGCAUCGCUCGCCAUGGUGGUUUCACCAGUUCGAGACGCUGGUCAAUCACUUCAUCGAGCUGGUGGUGCCGUUCUUCCUCUUCCUGGGACGGCGGAUGUGCAUCGUGCAUGGCCUCUUGCAGAUCCUUUUCCAGGUUCUUCUGAUCAUAAGUGGAAACCUGAGUUUCCUCAACUGGCUGACCAUCGUGCCCAGCAUCGCCUGCUUCGAUGACGUCAGCCUGGGGUUCCUCUUCAGCUCCGGGCGAGGAGGGGUGAAAGAGCGGAUGGCGCAGAUGCAGCUCAAAGAGGCAACCGGGGAGCAGCUUCCCCUGGGCUGCUAUGUCCGCAAAGUGGUGAACAUCUCCUUUGGCCUCCUGAUUGCUUAUCUCAGCAUCCCAGUUGUCCUAAACCUGCUCAACUCCAGACAAGUCAUGAACACCUCGUUCAACCCUCUCAGAAUAGUGAACACCUACGGAGCUUUUGGAAGCAUUACCAAGGAGAGAACAGAAGUCAUCCUUCAGGGGACAUCCAGCCUGGAUCCCAAUGACCCUGCUGCUGUCUGGGAGGAGUUUGACUUCAAAUGCAAGCCUGGGGACUUGAAGAGGAGGCCAUGCUUUAUCACCCCCUACCACUACCGCCUGGACUGGCUCAUGUGGUUCGCUGCCUUUCAGACCUAUGAGCAGAAUGAAUGGAUAAUCCACUUGGCUGGGAAGCUGCUGGCCCAGGAAGAGGAGACCUUGUCCUUGAUGGCAACGAACCCAUUCGCGGGCAGAGCACCCCCACGGUGGAUCAGAGGGGAACACUUCAAGUACAAAUUCAGCCAACCGGGGGGAAAGCACGCCAGCGAGGGGAGGUGGUGGAUUCGGAAGAGGAUCGGCCCUUACUUCCCCCCCAUCAACCUCCAGGGCCUGAAGAAGUUUUAUGAAGACAGGAACUGGCCGUACCCCGUGCGGCACUGAUGGAGGAGGACAAGCAAGGUCGAGGGACUGGCUGGGAUAGAGGGGGAGCAGUCAGCUCCCUUACAAACUACAUUUCUUGCCUCUGUCUGUAAUUUUAAUCCAUAUCCUUGUUUACACGUACUUUACAAAAGGUUCCUGGCCAACCUGUCCACCUGCUGUUGUUGU